GGUGUAAUCUUGUCCGCCGUUCUCAACGCUCCGGGAAGCUGGCAUGAUUCUAAGGUUGCCUGGCCAGUUUUCGACCAGUACCUCAACAAUACCCCUCAAGGCUUCUACAUCAUUUCUGACACAGAAUUUCCUCGAGGCGCUUGGGACAUCGAGGGAAGGAUCAAAGCUCCUCUCAAGACAGGGCAAAGAUUGCCGGCAGACAAUAAUGGUCGUGAGGAGAUACUUCGUUUCGGCCGCCAGCUUGUAUCGUUCCGUCAGUCAGUGGAGUGGGGUAUGCAUCAGAUAUAG